AUGAUGAAUGAUAAGUCUUCUUAUCUCAUCUCAGACGCUGCAACGUACCAUGCAUCUUAUGCUACAUCCGUUCAGACCACCGGAAGUCUGGCUGACGUUUGUUCUCACGAACCACAGCUCACAUCGAGUGGCUAUUUGGAGGCGAUGAUCAACUACGUGAAGCUGUGCCUGACCGAACCCACUCGGGGAAUCAUGCUCGAGGUGCUGGAAAGCGAGUUGUCCCGUUUGCACUCGCACAAUCUAUUGGCUCUACACGAGCUGAUCUUGCUGAUCACAGUCUACACCGGGAUGAUCCUGUUUGGCUCUUGCGGUUCGCUGCUUGUGAUCUACAUUGUAAUUCGACAGCCCCGAAUGCGUACCCCACGGAACCUAUUCAUUGUGAACUUGGCCACGAGUGAUUUGAUUUUAUGCUUGUUUACGCAGCCAUUCAACUUACUACGGACGUUGUAUUGGCAUUACGACUGGACACUUGGACGGAUUAUGUGCAAAGCAGUAGCUAUGGCUCAGGCCGCAAAUAUUUUUGUAUCUACGAUCAGUAUUAUCGCUAUCGCGCUGGAUCGGUUACAGGUGAUUGUUUACCCCACUCGGAUUAGAGUGCAUACAGCUGGUGCGAUGGCAAUCAUUGGUAGCAGUUGGUUAUUCGCUAUCCUCAUGGCCAGUCCAAUGAUCGCAUUCUCAUCCGUGAGUCACGGAACUAUCCGAUCAGACGGCAGCGUGUGCAGUGCCAACACAAUACAGAGCCAAUGGCUAAGACGAAGUAAAUUCAUCUAUGGAAUCGUGACACUAAUAUUUCAAUAUUGUCUUCCGAUCACAAUCGUGAGCUAUGCGUACACUCGUAUUUGUUUGCGAAUAAGAAAACGUCAGCUGAAUAGACGCACGCUUCGAUUGAACGAGAUGCUCUCGGAACUGGCUUCCGGUGCAAUGACAAAUCAACCGCACAAACCUGGGGCAGUACGACAAAACGAUCACUUGUUAGAUGUGAAUGUGGACAUUCAUAAGAACGACUGUCCUGGUGAAACGGCCAAACCUGGCAGCUGUUCUGAACUACGAGUCAUCGUAAACGAAACCCACCUGAAUGCGGAUGGAGAGAGACACAAGGUAAAUAAUUAUUCCAUGUAUACAUCGACAAUCACAAAUGCGAGUACGGUACAGGAUCGCGAGAAAACUAUCCAGCGGAGACACACACGAACUAAUGCCUUAUUGGCUGCUGUCACGAUCACGUUUAUUUUGGCCUGGCUUCCACUGCACAUAUUUAAUUUGGCUAUGGAUCUCAAAGAAUCGCGAUCCGCUUCCGAUAUCAACCAGUUAGACGGCACAGAUUCCGACAAUGUGUGGGUUAUGCACGAUCGCAAUCAGACACAUCAUCAUAUCAUUUACCCGUCGACCGAAUCCCCCUCAAUUGGGUUUACUUCAGACCAGAAUAAAAUGUAUUUUACCGGCCGAAUUUCCACCCUGACGCAGUCUUUCUGUUUAUUCUGUGUACUCUUGUCUGCCUGUAUCAAUCCGGUGUUAUACGGUUGGUUGAAUGAGAAUUUUCACAAAGAAUUCACCCAGAUGUGUUCCGCCUGUCGAGUGAAACUUAGUUGUCUCCGUGCGAACGCUCGGACACGUUCGACCACGUCUGCACGUAUCCCUAAAAUCCAUCAAAAUCCUAUGUGA